AUUCAACUCUACAGAACCGACCUAACACACGACAUCACUUUGUAAUCCCCACCACGUCCGUUUUUGUCCUCUCUCUCCAUAUAUCAAACCCUAUCGAAUUAGGGCAUCGUCUUUCCUUUUCAAAAUUCUCUCUUUUUCCUCCCCGUAAAUUUUCCUCCCUGAGAAUGAUGCAACAGCCAGGAGGAAUGGCCCCACCGCCCAUGGGAAUGGAUCAUCAUCAGCAGCAGCCUCCACAGCAGCAGCCGUACCCACCGCAGCAGUGGAUAAUGAUGCCACCGCAGCAGCACCAGCCGGCUCAGGCGCAGCCGCCUUCAUUCUGGCCUCAGCAGCACUACGGUGUGCCGCCUGCUAACGCGGCCUCCGCUGGGCAGGGUGGCGGAACGGAUGAGGUUCGAUCUCUGUGGGUUGGGGAUCUUCAGUACUGGAUGGACGAGAAUUACCUCAGCAACUGCUUCUACAACAGCGGAGAGUUUGUAUCUGCUAAGGUAAUUCGUAACAAGCAAACAGGCCAAUCCGAGGGGUAUGGCUUCCUUGAGUUCAGGACUCGCGCUGCUGCUGAAAAUGUACUUCAAACAUAUAAUGGUACAACAAUGCCCAAUUCGGAACAGACUUUCCGCAUGAACUGGGCCUCUCUAGGUGCUGGAGAUAAGCGCUCAGAUGGUGGGCCCGAGCAUACAAUUUUUGUGGGGGAUUUGGCUGGUGAGGUCACAGAUUACAUCUUGCAGGAAACUUUCAGGGGUGUGUACCAAUCUGUCAGGGGUGCAAAAGUUGUUACUGAUAGGAACACUGGACGUUCAAAGGGUUAUGGAUUUGUCAAAUUUGGGGAUGAGAGAGAGCAACAAAGGGCAAUGACUGAAAUGAAUGGUGUGGUCUGUUCAAGUCGGCCGAUGAGAAUUGGCCCUGCAGCUAAUAAAAAGCCUAUGAGUGGCCCAACUCAAACAGGGAAGAAAGAGGCUCUCAUUUACGGGGGCCUGGAACUGAUUUCAGCUGAAAUGAUUCCUGUUUAUUGGAAACAAAAUGUUGUGCAAAGUGGUUGGCAUGUCGUCCCUGACAUGCUCUUGGCGCAACUCAAAGAUGUUCAUGAUUAUUUAGGGUCCUGUGCUGAGCAAGCUUUGUCCAGCUUAAAUGGUACCCCGCUUGGAUCCCAGAGCAUCCGACUCUCGUGGGGUCGCAGUCCUUCAAACAAGCAGUCUCAACCGGAUCAGAGCCAGUGGGGUGGUGGAGGGUAUUAUGGUGGAUAUACGCAGGGACAGGGGGGGUAUGAAGGGCAAGGUGGGUAUGCGCCACCUCAAGACCCUAACAUGUAUUACGGAAGCUAUCCUGGAUAUGCGAAUUAUCAGCAGCCACCACAACAGUGAUGCAUGCGAGAGGAGGCAUUUGGAGGUCGGGCAUUGGGCAUGUGAUAUUUGCUUAGUAUGUCAAUGAUUUACUUGAAGAAUUAUAUUCUGGUUUGUGUUGCUUACUUUUGUUUUGUUGACCUCUUUUACUUUGGUCGAGUGUGGGAGUUUCUGUGACGUGUUAUCGACAGAUGCUUGCUUAUUAUGCGAUUACUGUUAUGCUUUUCUGAAUUAAUUUGGCUUUAUUUCGAGAUAUGGAGGUUUAUUUGGGAAGGCCUCACCUUGUGAAAUGUGAUGUUUGGGUUCAACUUUAAGGGUCUGGCUGCGAAUGGAUAUAAUAUUUUUUUUUUUUGAACGUAAU